AUGUGGAGAGGAGCGUCAACAACGAUGGCUGAGCGAAAUAGUCCCUCCACAACUCGUUUAUUUUAUACUGUGGCCGUCUGGGUGACAUUCAUCCACUGCGCCAGAGGAAUACACUGGACGCAAGAAAAGCUCCAUCACAGAGCACUGACUCUAACACAAGGUGAGGUCCUUACCGCGCUGGCUCACACCGACCUGGAGCAGAUGUGGCUGAGGGAUCUGAGGCCGCUGCUGGUCACCAGGUAUCCAGGCUCCGCGGGCAGCCAGGCUGUGCAGGAGCAUAUCAAAACAACCCUUGCAUCCCUUGGAGCAGGCUGGGAAGUGACGGAGGAUAAGUUUGUGUCACAAACGCCCUAUGGCCCCCUGCCCUUUACUAACCUAAUUGCCACCCUCAACCCAUCAGCCAAGCGCCGCCUGGUCCUGGCGUGUCACUACGACUCUAAGUACUACCCACCACAAUGGCACGGGAUGGAGUUCCAAGGCGCCACUGAUUCUGCCGUUCCUUGUGCCAUGAUGUUGGAGCUGGCACGAGCACUGAAUGAAGAGCUGAAAGCUCAGAAGAUUUCCGAUUCCAACCUGACCCUGCAGUUGCUCUUCUUUGAUGGAGAGGAGGCUUUUUUCCAGUGGACCUCCACAGACUCCCUGUAUGGCUCUCGCCACCUGGCCCGGAAGAUGGAGGCCACCUCGCACCCAGAUGGAGCCACAGACACCAACCAGCUACAUGGCAUAGAUCUUUUUGUGUUGUUGGACCUGAUCGGGGCUCCCAGUCCAUGCUUCGGCAACCAGUUCCCCAGCACAGUGCACUGGCUCUCCAGACUGCAGAACAUUGAAAAGCGUUUACACUCCAUGAAUGAGCUCGUGGAUCAUCCUACCGACGUGCAAUAUUUCUGGCCCGAUCGACCUGUUGGCCACAUACAAGAUGAUCAUAUACCAUUCCUGAACAGAGGUGUGCGUAUCCUCCACCUUAUCCCCUCCCCCUUCCCUUCCGUGUGGCACACGUUCGAUGACAACGAGCAGAACCUGGAUCGCUCCACCAUUCAGAACCUCAACAAGAUCCUGCAGGUGUUUGUUCUGGAGUACCUCAACGCCAGACCCACCGUCCCUACAAGCCAACCGAAUGCCCCAUAAAAGCCCCCAGCAUACCAUCCGACAGCCUGCUUUCAUUUGAAAUUUCACUGUAGUAAAGACCUCCGGCUGUUACUGUAAAGACUGAAAGAAUAUUCUGUACGUAAUGUUGUCCAAACAACAAUGGCAUGUGUUCCUUCACCUUAUAUUCGAGACAUGAGGCUGAGACUAAACUCUGCACAUCGGAUGGGUGCCAACUGCAGGAAAAAUGCGUGAUGUCAUCUGCUUUGGACAAGUACUUUUUCUUUUUUUUUAAGUCUUUAUCUAAACAUAUUUGGGCUUAUCUAAGUGUAUGUGAAAUGUAUUUUCUUCCCAAAUGGGCUCAUAAGAGACUUCAAGACACUGAAGCUUCAUCUUCCCUUCAAGGCCAAAAUCCCUAGCAACAAGAUCAACACACAGGAUCUCCUGUGUUUUUUACAACACUGCUCUCUUUAUAUCAAUAUAAACCCCUCCUUUACACUCUGAAGCGGCAUCUAAGUGUCAAUGCUAAUGUUGAGGAUCUAAGAGGAGGGAAAAGAGCAAACCAGUGCAGAGGAAAAAAAAAAGAUAAAUAAAAUCUACAAUUUUCCCUGGCAUCACUGAACUAUAUGAAUGCAUCAUAAGUCCAAAGUUGGUGAUAAUUUCAUUAUGAGUUGCUCUGCCGGCAGCUGUAGCCUCUGAGUUCUUACAUUUUUCUCAUGUAGUAUCCAGAAUCCUUGAUGUUAUGUUGUGUGAUAAAUAUAUACUAUAUGGCCACCCACAUAACACACGUGAGAAGGUGUCACACCGUGUGUUUUAGCUACAGUGACAUUUCCUCUCCCGUACAGUAAAUCUGUUCAGUGUUUGUAGAUAAACCCGUCAGCGGCAGGAAGUGGGUUUAUUUGUAUUAAAACAGCAUCUUUAGCCCCUCAUAUCCUGUCAUCUUAGAUAGUGAAGUGGAUAACUUCCUGUGCUGAUGUUUCAUGUGCCUGCCUUUGUUUAUAUGACAUUAUUAGACCAAUUUUAAUGUAGAUCCCAGAAUAAUAUACAGUGCCAAUCCUGGACUUCCUGUGUUUUGAGACUGAAAUAAAUGUUGAU